AUUAAAGAUAAUACAAAAAUUGUAACACUCCCAAAUUAUAUGGAAAAUAUCGAGGGCUAUUUAUAUGCCACUUGCAAGGUAAGUGGUAUUAAUAGAAGUAUGGUUUGGAUAAAUGAACACUGAUAUAAUGAAGCAUUAUACAUGAAUAUCGUAUUCGAAUAACUCUACUUUGCAAUAGAGUAUAUUUUUACCGAAGCUUUCUCUAUUACUAGAAAUAUAAUAAAUCAUUAUUUCUGAAGCAACGCGAUAAUGAUAUCAGUUUUAAUUGGCAAACCUAAAGAUAUGGCAACUAUAAAAGAAGACACUCAUCUUAGAAAAAACAUGUUCUCUUUGCUUCUUUACUUUUAUUAUUACUUUUAUUAUUUUAAAAUGACUAUUUUUGACUCUGUUCUGACCAGUGAUAUAGUUCUCCUCGAUUGCGAGGUUAAGAAUACACCCAUUCUAAAAUAUGAAAAUAAUAAUUUCAAAUGCAUUUUUAAAAUUAUCAAAGACAAACAGUUCUACAACGUUACGACAACAUCACCAGGUAUGAGUUUGUAUGUCAUACAAAAUUUACAAGAAGCAUCUAACAUCCAUUUAUUUGGCCCUGAAACUGUCACAACCUGGGUCAAUACCAAUGGUUUUGCCAAUAAAUCCCAUAAAAUUUCUUGCUAUGAAAUACAACAUCAAGAUAUGCAUCUUACGAUGAAAGAUAAUCCUUCAAGAAACGUAAUCAUCACACUUUAUAUGUAUUUAUACACUCAUUUCUCUGAUACCACACGUAUUCAAACAAGAUCAUCUUUGGAAGAUAUUGAAAAAAAUAAUGCACAUGUUAUCUGAAGAUAAAGCCACUUCCUCUCUAUAUCUAUAUAACCUAUCAUAUUCAUGAUCUCUCUCUACCUAGAUAAUAGAAAAGAUCACUAGCUUAUUAACACUUUAAAGCGAAAACGUAAUGAUGAAAAUCUAGAAUUAAGGAAAAAAAAAAAAGGAAAUCUGAUCAGAUUAAUAUAAAAAGUGAAGAGAUCUCUUCCUUUGUAUUAUUAUUAUUUAUUGAUUAUUUUAAAUUCUUCUCUUAUUUUUAUAUAAAAG